AUGACACCUCAGGACACUUUGGAGUACCGCCGGGACGUCGUUGCGCUGGUGGUUUUCCACAAGGCCCAGGUACAAGGAGUACCACACCGGGCGAGGCUGAGGUUCCCCCCGGGAGAGGCUGUGAGUGAUACGAGAACGGUACUCUCCAGCCACGAGCAAGUCGGGAUGCCGAGGUCACGCGCCAGCCAGCACCAGAGGACCUUCACCUCCAGUGUCCCGCCUGGGGAACACGGUCACUGCAGCAGUGCCAACACGUCUGGCGGCAGUGUACCGGCACCCAGCCGCGGCCGCUCAAAUCGCAGUUUCCAGCAACCAUUACGAGUCCUCCGAUGUCCGCCCUUCCCUCAUCUCUCACCGCCGCUGCUGCCGCGGCCGAGGUUUCCCGACGCGACUCCAACGACUGCACGUACCCCAGGGCGUCACAAACCUUCGCCCUCUCCACUACAUCAGCUGAUUAAUCUUGGAGCCAGAUCAUCAGCUUCCUCUUGGAUCCGAGGUAAAGAGCAGCCAGCUGAGAUUCUCCAUGAGGGUUUCUCUCUCAGCGAGGCCCGUUUGAAGCAAUCAAUCAGCUCCGUAUUCUCCUCCUCCUCCUCUUCCUCGCCCAGCAGUACGGCGAACAACAGUGUCCUACAGGGGGGCGCCGUGUACCCGAGCAGCAUGACACACCGGGUGGUGGGGGCAGGUUCAAGUGCCGUCUUCACGCCUCCGGCCAGGUUCAGCAACACAGUUCUCCCCUCCUUCGCCAAUACCACCGUCACCAACGUUACCGUUAUCAGGGGAAAGACUGCCUACCUCCGAUGCCAUGUUCUUAAUAUUGGAACUAAGACAGUAUCGUGGGUGCGGCAUGAUGACAUACAUGUACUUACGGUGGGGCGCCUCACUUUCACCAACGACGACCGCUUCGAAGCCAUGAACAAGCCCGGUUCGGACGUGUGGUCGCUGCGCAUCAAGUUUCCUCAGCUGCGGGACUCUGGCAAGUACGAGUGCCAAGUAUCCACGAGGCCCACCCGCUCCCGCGUCAUCACCCUCAAUGUUGUUGAGCCUCAAGCGGUGAUACCUCCCGGACCCGAGCUCUAUGUGGACCUGGGGUCACCUCUUAACAUUACCUGCCAGAUAUCUGACAGCCCAGAGCCGCCACAACAUCUGUUUUGGUACCACAGAGACAAGAUGGUGUCGUUUGAUGGCUCGCGGCAGGGCGUGUCGAUUACCACGGACAAAGGCCCCGUCACCACAAGCAUCCUCCUCAUCCAAGACGUGACGGCCAACGACUCGGGAGUGUACAUAUGUGCGCCAGAGGGUAUGAAGGAAGCGUCAGUUAGAGUCACGGUGCUCAACGGAGAACUACCGCAGGCGAUGCAGACGGGAUCCACCUGUCAAGCGUGUGGCGGUUCCUACCUACUACUCCUUUUGACAGUAGUCUACUUGUCAUUGCUGUGAUUCUCCUAGCUUCCUGAUGUGUCACCAAUCAUUGCCUUCAACUCGGCCACCGAAGAAGCUCAACAUCAUCUUUUAAUCAAGAAUUAUAAAGAUGAGACUCAUGGGUUCAUCGUAAUCAGUUUCUAGUUUAAAAGUUCCGUGGCAAAGGUGACAUUCAUCGUUAUAUAUAUCACUUAUUUUAAUAGUGUCCGAUUUUUCUACACUGACAGCUUACUGAAUGAGAGUGCAAAAUCACUGACCACGAAAUACAAUAAGCAUGGUGAGUUCUUACGGCUGAUAAAUGAACAUUCACUUGUCUGAUAAAGCGGUUGCAGGAAACUUAUCUUUUAUUACCUUUUAGUAAACUGAAUGGGCUGAAAUACAGUACGAACUUCAGUCUUAGAGAAAAACAAUUAUUAGAAUAACUAUAUUUAAUAUUUUCGUGUAUUCAAGAUUUGUUUAAUGUCAAUAUAUUUGUAAUUCGAUUUAUGAUUAUUUCGAAAGAAGUGAGAAAUAUACUGUACCUUAGUUUAUGGUGUUUCUAAUGUUGCAUGGUGUAAAAUUAUGUUGCGAUAAAGUGUGUUACUCCAUAGUGCUGGUGAUCGGGUGAAAGGAAUUUCAUAUUGCAAUGAUGAUUGGUACAUGGCGUGGGUUAAGGUAUAACUCCAACUGUAUGCCCGUCUUGUUAUUUAUGUUUCUUUGUUAUUAACAGGUCCACUCUAAGAUAUCAUUUGAAUUAAAUACGAUACAUAUCAGCAAUGACUGUAACCGUAUGGUUUCAUGAAGAAUCAUAAAUGCUCAAGGUGAAUAAAUGAAGAACCGGGAGUAAGGGAAGUAAAGAAAUGAGAUCAAGUAAUGGAAGUAGCCAAAAAUAAUAUUCCAAACACGGCAUGUAAAGUUACAUGCAAUUUAACUAACCAUGGACCAUAAGGAAGCUAAUGACUGGUAAGCUUUCACAUAUGGAAGGGUAAUUAGAAAUAUUGAAGACACCCUAGUGAGCACUCAGUGGAGCAUUCUACAAAAAAUGCAAAGUUGUUCGGGUUGGAAAUCAUCAUGUUGUUCAAACAUUCAAGCCUGACGUCAUGGCAAAAAAAAAAAAAAAAUCAUGAUAUAGCCAUUAUUUGUUUCACCGUGAGAAUGUUAAAGUCUUGAUGUGACGUCAUACAAUUUCAAACCGGUUUAAUGUGCUUGAUGACCCUGAAAAAAUGUGAGAUAUCUUCAAAUGUAAAAUUCACCAAGUUGUUCUAGAGUGCACAUUGAGAUAUCUAAUAUCAAGAAGUGAUUUUACCUCGGGGAAGACGCUGGGGAACAUGGAGAAGGGUCGUGCUGCCAGGCUUACUGGGAAGUGAGACCAGUAUAGGGUUAUGAUACGUAUGACUAGCACUCACCGGCAGGAGACAAAGAGAGAUGUCUGAAGUUUUGCUAAAGACUUCAAGGGCUAUUUUAAUGUGACUGACUUCCAACCUGCGUACCGAGCCUUCUCUCUCGGUAAAGCACUAAAAGAAUUGCAGAUGGUUGUCUCAUAUCAGACUUGCAUAGGUAGAGGGUUCGUUGGGCUAAGAACAUUAAGCAACUGAACAUGGAAACACCAUCCGAGCGGACGGCUCCGAAUACAUGGGUUACAAAGAGUAGAUGCUGAUCCACCUAUUCACGAAACCCCACCCUUUAUUGACAAGGUUAGAACGGUUGUCACAGGGCUGAAGGAUGGAAGGGUAAAUUGCGCUUAAAACAACAGUGUGAAACUGCUCAAAGCAGAAGGUGCGACCAUGAACCGUGGGUUGCAUACAACAUUGACUGUGGUAUGGUAAUCUGCAAUAAAUCGUCAUGUCAGGAUGAGAGGUCUGGUCGUUCCCUGUCUGGAAAGAGGACUGUCAGGAUUGUAAUCGCUACCACAGUAUCAAACUGCUCAGUGUGCCAGACAAUAAAAUCUGUUCAUGCAUGUGACGUGGUCAUCGGGACCUCUGAAAAUUUCACGUACCUAGGCAGCAUAGUGUAAAACUACUGCGGAUUACACACGACAAGAAGCUUAUGGGGGACUGGCUUGACACAUGGUGCUGUGGAUUCGCUCACCAUGAUUAUAUGACACUGUCGAUACCCGUGCGAAGAGACAAAAAAGAAAUAAAGUUGCUGUGAAGAAUAGACUGAAUAUUGACUUGAAGAGGCAAAUUACUGCCUAUGAUAAGACUUGUCCUCGCAAACUGAUAGGAUAUCGCUGGAAUGACUGUUAAAUUGGUAAUUACUCCGUGAGAUUUAGUCGAGUCCAAUUAUCUCUAUAAGUCUCAGGAUGUAUGGAAGUGCCACACGCUAUCCAGGAGUUGAUCCUGCUCACCAGAAUGUUUCUAAAAGAGACAAGUUCGAGUGGAAGAGGCAAAUGGGAAUCUAAAAAAAAUGCGUCAUAUGAACAAGUUGAUGAAGAGGGUCAGCUUUUGGGUAGCUUGCCAAAUGCCCUUAUAGUAGGAGUUGGUAUUAACGGACUAUGCAGGUAACUGACCUCAAAUCAGUCUCACGGAAAAAUCAUCGGUUUGACAGAGUCAUUUCAAAGGUAUGCCAUGUUUCUGGGCAGGCACUUAUCACCAGAGCCAUCAAUCCGCCGCUUCAUGUCAUUAUUCGGUGUCCAUGUCUCACAGCCAUAGAAUAAUCUCUGUCCUUCUAUACAGGUGUCGACAGCGCCAUAUACUCGUGCUGAGUGAGUCCGUUACAGAUUAGGCCAAUCCAACCCGCCGGAUGAGUUCCUGGCGAGACCCGCCGUUGUUCUAAACUAGGUAUGUGAAAUUUUCCAAGCUAUUAGUGGCCAUGCCACAGGGAUGAACAGACUGUACUGUUUAAUUUACCAAGCCUCUAAACACUUAUACCUUGGUCUUCACCCAGGAAACCUGGAGCUCCUAGGGCUUCGCCUCCUCCUGCAUUGCCUCGAGAACCAUCACCAAAACAUCCAGCGACUCCGCAGGUAUUGGUAUAUCCCCGGCAAGAACAAGGUCGAUGACGUUCAUAUUGACAACAAAUGUUCCAUAAUGGUACACAAAUGUGCCUAGUCUAUACAAGUGUUGAAAAGUAAUGGGGCAAGUUCACGCGCGACUCUCCUCGACUAUUCUCCACCGUCUCCGCCAAUGCAAAGUCAUUCCUAGAUCCCGGGCGCUCUCUAAUGCGCUCCUCUGCAGCUUGAAGAGUUUCUCAUUUGAAGGUAUCCCACAGUUCUACACUGUCCUCAAGGGUGCUGAGCACUAAAAACCGAUUUGAAACUCACUGCAUAUUCAUGAGCACAUGCCUGAUCUUUCGGUCUCUCGGGAUGGAACACAGUAUUUUAUCUUCUCGUGAUUUUUCGUGACCUGACAUGAAGCUUGAGCGUUGCAACAAGCUAGUUGUAAAGAACUCAGCACUUCGGAAAUCCGAAAAGUUCUGAAGAAUCCUUCAUCUGGUACUUAACUGGAUGUGGUCAAUAAUCCUUAGUUACCCUUCCAGCAUUGCUAUAUCAAGUCCGGCGGUGCAGCUCUGGUCUCUGAUUCAAAGAACCUGCAAUUCUGAAUAUCUUUGAUUCUGCAAAAUUCAGGAGGAGAGAGAUGUUGAUUUUCAUGGUACCAGGACCAAGGGAACCAACACAUGACUGAUACCCAACCCUGUCAGUGCAUAUAGUAGCAUUGGAGUCAAUUAAGAAAAUAAGUGUGGCCCGUGGGAGGCACUGUUCUAACACGGAGUUAAAUGUGGCGUAGAACACCUCCUGCUCUUCAGUUUUACACAUCUCGGUAGGAGCGUGCACUGCAACAAGAGACAGGAAAC